CACCUGGGCAAGCUCAGGCUAUUGAUAGGAUUGACUUGUAGGGAGAACACUCUGAUGCUAGUGAUUCGGAGGGUAGCAGGCCACUGACAAUCAAGCAGCCACCUCUAGAAAUAUUAUUGGAUAGUCUUUCUAAAUGCAUCCUUGGCUUGCGGACCUUUUGUCUGCUUGGGGGCUGGUGCAGCGAACAAAGAGAUCUUCAGUUCUUGCUUGCAAAUUUUGGCAGGAGAUCAGCACCCCUCUGUUAUACCGAGAAAUCCAUCUUCGCCACAUCGGAAUAGUCGCAGUACUCCUCGGUACUUUGCAGUGCAAUACGCGACUUGGCGAGAUGAUUAUGGACAUCAAUGUGUCUUGCCAUGUAAUGUCCCGGUACUUCCAACGCAUCUUGAGGAUGAGCUCAAAUUCCACGCAAUUAUCGCUAAAGUGGGUGUCAGCUACCUAUCGGUAUUCUCUAUACGCCAGUAUGACCCCUCGAAAGUAGUCCACCUCGACGUUGGAAGGAGCGUUUGUCAAUAAUUCUUCUAUGCCUUCCGCAGUGUAAAAAUCUCACCAUCUUGUCUUUGUCCUUGAUAUCUACGACAAGGAUUGUGUCAGAUAUUUUACCCUCGAACACCUCCAGGAAUGUCAGAUUACCGUGUUGUGGUCC